GCCAUGUAUUUGUUUAUUUACUUCUACCUGCUCGUGAGCUUUUUUGAAGCAGCAUAUGGGUUUUGUCCUUCACAAUGCACUUGCGUUUACCACGGCAGGAGCGAUGGCACUGGAACAAGGUCUGUACUCUGUAAUGAUCCUGACAUGUACGAGAUCCCUGUGAAUGUUCCUGUGGAUACUGUAAAACUCCGUAUCGAGAAAACUGUUAUACGAAGGAUUCCAACUGAAGCCUUUUAUUACCUAGUAGAUCUCAAAUACCUGUGGGUAACUUACAACUGCGUAGCCAACAUUGAUAUCAGCAGUUUCUAUAACUUGAAACAACUGCAUGAGCUACGUCUGGAUGGUAACCUGCUCUCUACUUUCCCUUGGGAAUCCCUGGCGGAGAUGCCCAACCUACGGACUCUUGAUUUGCACAACAAUAAAAUGACCAGCAUUCCUGCUGAUGCUGGCAAGUACCUGAGAAACCUCACCUACCUGGACAUCUCCAGCAACAAGCUAACUACCUUGCCAUCAGACCUGAUGGACAUUUGGCCUCCCUUCUCAGAAACCAUCCCAUCGAAGAGCGCAGACAUCUUGGUGACCCAGAGAGUCAUUUUGGGUUUUCAGGACAACCCCUGGUUCUGUGACUGUCGCAUCUCAAAGCUGAUUGAAUUCUCCAAAAUUGUGGACAACUCGGUUGUUCUUCUUGAUCCACUGAUUUCAUGUAGUGGACCUGAGAGCCUGGCAGGAAUCUUGUUUCAGAGAGCUGAGUUAGAGCAGUGUCUCAAACCAUCCGUGAUGACAUCAGCAACAAAAAUCACUUCCCCUCUGGGAAGCAACGUUCUGCUCCGCUGUGAUGCCACUGGGUACCCGACACCACAGCUUACUUGGACUAGGUCAGACAAUAUACCAGUGAACUAUACAGUAAUUCAAGAAUCACCUGGAGAGGGUGUCAGAUGGUCCAUAAUGAGCCUGACAGGGAUUUCAUACAAGGAUGCAGGAGAAUACAGAUGUAAAGCCAAGAACUUAGCAGGAAUGUCAGAAGCUGCUGUUACUGUCACAGUGGUUGGUGUUGUCACUACAACUGUGUCACCACAGAAGUAUGGAAGGAAGCAAGAGGCAGAGAGACAGAAUACCACUCAGGAGGAACCCAAGGAGGAAACUGAGAGGGCAACCACACCUCUUUCUACCACACCAACCACCACAGCACUGGCCAAUACCGAAAGGUCAACGAGCAGCAAAUUGACUGACAAAAAGCAAUCCAGGCCCAUGUUUGAUGGAAAGAAAAAUUCAAAGGCAGUGACAAAUGGAACCAAAAAGCAGACUGGGCAAAUAAGCAAGAAAGAUGAGGAGAUUCCACUGAACACAGCAGGUAUCGCUGAGCAAACUGUUGCUGUGAGGAACUUAAGAGUGAUUAGUGAAACUGAUGAAAGAGUGACCUUAACUUGGAAAACAGUCAAUGCCACAAGUGGCUCUGCAGUCACUGUGUUAUACUCAAAGUAUGGUGAAAAAGAUAUGUUGCCUCUCAGCACUGAUUCUAGCAAAAACAAAGUCACCAUUGAUGGUUUGGAGCCUAGUACUCAAUAUAUGGCGUGCGUCUCACCCAAAGGAGUGCCACCUACAAAAGACCAGUGUGUUAUUUUCUCCACUGAUGGGCUAAACAGUGAAAGUGACUCUCAGUUUUCUGUUCUGAUAGUGGGCAGCAGUGCAGCAUGUGUAGUUGUUUUACCUUUGAUCUUUUUCUUACUCUACAAAGUUUUAAAGCUUCAUGUGAGACCAAAGACUGCAAAGGAAGCUGACCUUGCAAAAGAGACCUAUGUUAAAUUUGAAACGCUCUCUCUGAAGCCUCGAACAGUGAGUGCAGGAGAGCAGCUCUGGGCACGAAGAUACACAGAUGAGUCAGAAAGACUUCUCCUUUGUUCUAGGUCAAGCAUGGAUUCUCAAAUGACUUUCAAAAGUGAGGGCUCUAGGUCUGAGUAUCUGUGUUGAACAUAGAUGAGGGUGGAGGAUCUGGAAUAUACAAGACGUGUAAUUAUGAUACUGCAACUGAAGCAGCUUGGUGCUAGAUGGUGGUCAGAAAAUAAUUAUCUGGUGUAAUGCAAUCUACUGGAUGGGUAGGCUGGUGGGUAGGAGGGAGAAUCGAAGAAAAAUGUUGCCUGUCAAUUAUCUUAUUUUCAAUGUUUGUGAUUGGAUGUGAAGGAAUGAUAUUUUUCAAGAGAUAUAUACAGCAUGAAAUGGAUGCCUGGUUAAAGAUCUAUUAUUUUAAUUAAGAGAUCACUCUGUUUUCUCUUCUCUUGCUUUACUCUACAACAUGCUAUUUGCGUGUAUCAAAAAAAUCACAACUUUCAUGAAAAUAAUGUGCUUAAAAAUAAUAGAAAACCUGUUUAUGCUACUUCUAUUGAGGUCAGAACUGUAUUUGCAAAUGCAAGUUUUCAUCUGACAUCAGCUGUGCUUUGAGAUGUCACACAGCUCUCCUUGCACAGCGUCUUGGAAUGGAAGUCAUCUUGGGCCAAUCCAGACUGAACACAGUUAGCCACAGCCCAUGGACAGUGCACAUCAUAGUGUCAUUUUUGCAGAUGCUGAAGGAAAAGAGCUUCUUUAGUAUUCUGAAGCUCAGGUAAGAUAUCAUCCUGAGUAACUCCGUGAGUUAUACUAAGUAUUGAUAACAUUAAUUUACAUCAAGCGAUUUUAUUGCAAAACCUCAGCCUUAGAAUUUACUUGGAUGCAUAUGUCUAUAUACCUCAACUGCAGAAACCUCUGUACAAAAUAUCUUGUGGUACUGUGGAAUGCAACACAUGCUCUUAUAUGUACCUUUACAUAUACCUAUACAGUACGUAGAUAUUGCAUGCAAUAUUGUGUGCUAGUGAUAUAGUAGUGAUAUAAUUUGUGAUACAGUAAGAAGAGGUCUUGUUCUUAGGUCAUAUUGGAUGUGUAGUGAAGUUCAAUGAGCAUAAAGUUCAUUUCGAGCAUGCUUUACAGUGUUUGAAAAAGCAGGUAUUAAUAGUAAUAAUGAAUGCAGAAUUGCCCUAUUAAUGAUGAUUUUUCUGUUCUCAAACUGUUUUGUUUUUAUUUUUCCUGAAGUAAAUAACAGCUUUUAUUGCUGAAGUUCAGAUAUUAUGGUUAAAAAUAUGUCUAAAUUGAGAACCCCAUUUCUCAAUUACAGCUGCAUUGUUUUCUUGGACCUUUCUAUGCCCAGGAGACCGGUUUGCUUUGCUAGGAAAUUGGGAAUCUUUUCUUCCCAGAGUGAGAAAUAUUAUUCAAAGCUACAAACCAAAGUUCUGUUAGUUAACUUUAAAAUAGUGGCAUUUCUUGGUGUCACCAGGUUUAAGUUUUGCCUGCUGGAAUGCUGGAGAAUGUAUCUUGGAAGAUGUAGGCUGGUGAGAGGAAAAUCUUUUGUCAAAAAACUUCCAGUGUAAAUUCAUGGCAAAAGAUGGAGACAUUGAAAAACCUCCAUAGCAGUUACAUGAGAGUGCUUGAUGGUCAGGAAUAAGAGAAUGAGUAAGGAAACCACAGGAGCUGUGGGAAGCAGGUGAGAUGUUCACAGGUGCAGUGUUACCUUACUUGCAUAUACUUUUAGAACUAACCUUGCUGUUCCUUUCUGUGUUGCUCGUAUGCGUGCUUAAAAAGCGACCUUUCUUCCUUUUCCAUGGAUAAUUUUGAUCCCAAAUGUUUUCAGUUUUCUGAGUGAACUAUUUCUACUUCAGCAGUCUUUUUUCAAUUGUCAGAAUUAUUUUCUUUUUAGGGGUAGCAGAUUCUUUUUGUGUGUCAAAUCCAAGGUUCAUCUGACAAGCAGUUUAUGAUCAAACUUUUUAACAGUAUCUGGAAUGUUGCUCUAUUUGCCUUCUGUUUUCCAUGUAGAUAGUAGUACCCAAUAGCUGUUGCUGAAAUUGUUUUAAAUUAAAGCCACCAUGUUUAGCAUUAGUGAGAGCAACUGUUUUAUCUCUCUUUUUUUUUUGUAAUUCCUGAUAAGUAAUUUCUUUUGGGUUUCAAAGUUUUGCAAGAAUCUUGGGUCUAAUGUUGGAGUUCAACAGUGCUAUCACCUGACUUGCAGGUGGUACAUCAACACAUCAGACUCUGAUGGUACAAAGCUCUUUUGAGAGAGCUCACUUGCAAAUGUGGAACCUUUUGGUUUGACUAAUCCUUGUGGAAUUAGCAAGUCCUAAAGUUAGAAGUUAAUCUCUAUGACCAUGUGUACUAUUAGUAUGUCAAAGAUAGAGUGUAUCAUAAAGGGCAUAGAAAACACGGGGUACUUUUUUUUUCCCACAGUUUUUGAAACAACAGAGUUUUGUAACCUGGAUGUACUCCUGUACCUCAUGUCAAAACAGCAAAUAAGAUGGAGAAUUUCAACAGGAAUUAGAUAUAGAGGCCAAAUGACACAGUAAAGAUGUUCUCUGGAUCACCCAGGCUUAGUUCAGUUAAAGAGCUGAAGAAGUACUUUUGGUAACAGAUGUAAGUUUUUAUAUUGUUAAUAUCAGUAAUAGAAUCAUUAUGAGAUAAGCUUUUUGUGAUCAACUUAUGCAAUACCUUCUGAAAUGAAAUACUGAAUCAGUUGUCACUGUGAACAGUGCUGAUUGUAAUUGCCUGGUAGGAGGAUUUGGAGAGGAUUUAACCAAUGUUUCUGCAUCGCCUUUCACAUAUUUUGCACUUUGUUAGCUGAAUCCAUCCUGUGUUUCACCAGCCUCUUUUUAUAUGUUACCUACAAGGGGUGUGUCAAAAUGUGAUGCUUAUGAAGUAACUGAUGAAUUUGAGCUGAAUUCUAAAUAGACCUCAUUUUUACUUAAAGCUUUAAGCACUUGGCAUGGUUCACCACAAAUCUGGCUUCAAUGUGCACUUCCUAAGCCAAAUUAUAGGCAUCCAUGUGUGUAUUUUAGUCCUUGCCAUUGCUCACAGUGGACUUUGUUUUCCUUGUGCUAUCAUCAGAUGCUCACACUUUUCUCAAGCAGGGGAUGAAGAGACAAAACUCUUGUGUGUACCAUCAAAAUCUCUGUAAUACCAAAACCACUCAGACUUUAAGAGGCUAAACAAAAGCCUUUUAAAACUUAUUACCAUCGCAAAGAAGCAACUGUAAUA